AUGCCCAAAUUCUACGACUCCAUUUCCCCGGAUCUCCGCGACUGGGCCCUCCGUCAAAGCGUCUUCUUCGUCGCCUCCGCCCCCCUCCAAGGCCGGCAUGUGAAUCUAUCUCCAAAGGGCCUCCCCGACGCCUCCUUUGCCAUCCUCAACCCCAACGAGGCCGCAUAUCUCGAUGCCACCGGCUCGGGAAGUGAGACGAUCUCCCACCUGCACGAGAACGGUCGCAUCACGGUGAUGUUCUGCUCGUUUGACUCAUCUCCUCGUAUUAUGCGGUUCUUCUGCAAUGGUUCCGUGAUCGAAUGGAACCAGCCCGAGUUCGAGCCUUAUCUGGAACGCAUGGGUGGGAAGGCAGUCCCUGGGGCGAGGGCGAUUAUUCGAUUGGAUAUUUUUAAGGUGUGUUUGUAUUUCAUUUGA